AUGGGUAAGCGGAAACAAACUCGCAAAUUUGCAGUGAUGAAGAAAACACUUAACUUAAAGGACAAUAGAAUUAAAAAACUUGACCGCGAUAAGCUGCGGGAGGCCAAGAAGGCUGCUAAGGCGGCCACUCGCAUGGUGGUCAAAAAUAGGAGCGAGCUGGUCUCCUGCUUAAGGGACUCCUACAAUGAGGCUCUUGGUCCUCCAUACCACAUUCUCCUCGACACAAACUACGUGAACUUCAGCAUUAAAAACAGACUCGAUUUGUUCAGCUCUAUAAUGGACUGUCUAUUGGCGAAGUGCUUUCUCUACGUGACAGAUUGCGUUAUGGGUGAAAUUGAGAAGAUGCCUGAAAGAUAUCGGGUUGCUUUAAGGCAGGUUUUGGUUGGUUUGCCCGACACACUCUUGAGUCAAGGCACAUUUUAUUCGUUUCAAAUUCUCCGCGAUCCCCGGAUAGAGCGUUUGACCUGUCAGCACAAGGGAACGUAUGCUGACGACUGUCUGGUCGAACGGUGUCAGGCGCGCUGCUACAUAGUCGCCACAUGUGAUCGUGACCUCCGACGUCGAAUUCGCAAGAUCACCGGCGUACCGAUCAUGUACAUUCACAAUCAUCGGGUCACUAUCGAAAAGAUGCCAAUGGCUCUCGGUGCUCCCAAAAUAUAA